AUGCUGCGGGCAACCAGCUCACCAGGGCAGCGGACAGACCUGUGUCAGUCGCCGGACAUCAUCUCCCAGGAAGUGAAGCGCACAGCUGUGCGCUUUUCACAUGAGGUGCAGAUCUCGUCCUCAGCACUCCGUAUAUCUGCACAUUGUCCCGUCGUGGCGCGAGGUGCGGCGCGGAGCGUACCGAUGCGGCGUGGUGCGGUGGUGGUGCGGUGGUGGUGCGGUGGUGGUGCGGUGGUGGUGCGGUGGUUGUGCGGUGGUUGUGCGGUGGUGGUGCGGUGGUUGUGCGGUGGUUGUGCGGUGGUGGUGCGGUGGUGGUGCGGUGGUUGUGCGGUGGUUGUGCGGUGGUGGUGCGGUGGUUGUGCGGUGGUGGUGCGGCGUGGUGCGGUGGUUGUGCGGUGGUGCGGUGGUUGUGCGGUGGUUGUGCGGUGGUGGUGCGGUGGUGGUGCGGUGGUGGUGCGUGGUGCGGUGGUGGUGCGGUGGUGCGGUGGUGGUGCGUGGUGCGGUGGUGGUGCGGUGGUGGUGUGGUGGUGGUGCGGUGGUGGUGCGUGGUGCGGUGGUGGUGCGGUGGUGGUGCGGUGGUGGUGCGGUGGUGGUGCGGUGGUUGUGUGGUGGUGCGUGGUGCGGUGGUGGUGCGGUGGUGGUGUGGUGGUGUCUCUGUCCAGCGCUGGCGUGGGCCGCACGGGCUGCUUCAUCGUGAUCGACGCCAUGCUGGAGCGCAUCAAGCACGAGAAGACGGUGGACAUCUACGGGCACGUGACGCUGAUGCGCGCCCAGCGCAACUACAUGGUGCAGACGGAGGACCAGUACAGCUUCAUCCAUGACGCGCUGCUGGAGGCGGUUGCCUGCGGCAACACCGAGGUGGCCGCCCGCUCCCUCUUCUCCUACAUCCAGAAGCUCGCCACCGUGGAGACAGGAGAGCACGUCACUGGCAUGGAGCUCGAGUUCAAGCGAUUGGCCAACUCCAAAGCGCACACAUCACGUUUCAUCAGCGCCAACCUGCCCUGCAACAAGUUCAAGAACCGUCUGGUCAACAUCAUGCCCUACGAGACCACCCGCGUGUGUCUGCAGCCAAUCAGAGGCCUCGAGGGCUCUGACUAUAUCAACGCCAGCUUCAUAGACGGAUACAGACAGCAGAAGGCCUACAUUGCCACCCAGGGCCCCUUGGCGGAGACUACAGAGGACUUCUGGAGGAUGAUGUGGGAGAAUAACUCCACCAUUGUGGUCAUGCUCACCAAACUCAGAGAGAUGGGCAGGGAAAAGUGUCACCAGUAUUGGCCGGCCGAGCGCUCUGCCCGGUAUCAGUACUUUGUGGUGGACCCCAUGGCAGAGUACAACAUGCCUCAGUACAUACUGCGGGAGUUCAAGGUCACAGACGCCAGGGAUGGGCAGUCUCGGACGGUGAGACAGUUCCAGUUCACUGAUUGGCCAGAGCAGGGUGUUCCUAAGUCAGGAGAGGGCUUCAUCGACUUCAUCGGACAGGUGCAUAAAACCAAGGAGCAGUUUGGACAGGACGGGCCAAUCUCUGUGCACUGCAGCGCUGGCGUGGGCCGGACGGGAGUGUUCAUCACGUUGAGCAUCGUGCUGGAGAGGAUGAGAUAUGAGGGCGUGGUCGACAUCUUCCAGACCGUCAAGAUGCUUCGCACCCAACGGCCAGCCAUGGUGCAGACAGAGGAUGAGUACCAAUUCAGCUAUCAGGCUGCUCUGGAGUACCUGGGCAGUUUUGAUCACUAUGCAACGUAAGAAGCCAUCGCAGUGUCCCCCAGAUGCCCAGUGGCCCCCGACUGUCUCCUGAGCCAUACAAACCAACAACAACAACAACAACAACAACAACACACACAACAACACACAACAACACACACCAAACAUCCAGAGGGGAAAUUCUGAAGAACAAACAACUCAAGUGUUGGAUUUAAAAAAAAAAAAAAAAAAAAGAUUAAAAAGUGAAUAUAUGAAACUCAUGUCUAAACGGCCAAUCAGAGGUCAGAGCCUGACCGGACAGCAUGGAGGGAACCUCCUCUCUCCCACCCCGACGGGAACCAAAAAGCAGCAGACUCGUGCUGGAGGGAGGGAUUCACGUGUCGGACUGCUCACCUUACCUCAAGUGUUCUGCUGUGAGGGAUCCAGACGGCCUCUGACUUGCAAACCGCUCGGGCCCAGACCCGGCUGAGUUCUGGCCCGGAUCUGGGCCCGAGUGGUUCUGGAGUCAGCUGUGGUCUAAGAAAUGGUUGAUUCAUCUUUUUUGUGUUUCAAAAGUAAAUGCAUAAAAAAACUAAACUUAAAGGACAGAGAAACAAUGAAUGAAGGACACUGCCAUGUGGACAAGGAGCCUGUGGACACACAAACACACACACACACAUACACUCACACACACACACACACACACACACACACAGACACAUGGACACACAAACACACACACACACACACACACACAGACACAUAGACACACAAACACACACACACAUACUUGUCUGUCUGGUAAAUAAAGAUCCUCAUGAACUCAUGAUGGACUGAGAGAGGGCAUGCCCACACACACACACGCACACACACACACACACACACACACACAUUUGCACACAGCCAUGCAUGCACUCUCCUACUUACACAUGCAAACAGACAUGCUAACAAAUACACACAUUAUGUAUGCAUAUGCACACACACACACACACACACACACACACACACACACACACACACACACACACACACUCACACUCACACCCGUCUACCAACUAUCUACAAAAGGGACUGAAAGACCAUGUUCCUCACACAAGAUGAGCUGUUCCUAUUGUGAACAGCACUCCGUUUAUGGGAUAAAACUCCACAAGCAGCCCCCCCCCCCCACACACACACACACACACACACACACACACUCACACCCACAAACCAGCAGUGUUUGGAGCCGAGGAAGUGUGAGGGGUGAGAAACCAAUCCUUGCUCCCCCAUGUGAGCUUGUCCAGCUCUGACAAGACCUCCUGACCCCCAACCAGAAGGGUGAGCUAGUGGGCCGAGCCCCUGCGUGGGCACCUCGAGGAGGCCCCUGAAACCUCUGACUGUCUCCAGUGACCAAGCUCCAUCAUCACCAUUCAUUCUGACUCUGUGUGUGUGUGUGUGUGUGUGUGUGUGUGAGUGUUCAUUCUGCUUUUUAUGCCAAACAUGCUGCUUUUCUCCUUUCUGCUCUAAGUAUACAGAAAGAUCCGGAAAAGUUUCGGAGGGAUCCAUCGGUACGAUUUGGGAACCAG